UAUGAAUACAGCAAGGCUUGACCCUCAGAGGUAUGAGAAGGUGCCUAAAUUUACGAACAAUCAGAUCAAGACCAGCUCGUUGAUACAGCUGAGUAAGGGAAAUGACAAAUUGGCUAAGGCCCCAGGCGACUUUGUGAGAGGAGAGAGGAAAGAUGUUGUGUAUAAGGAUAAAGAUGGAGAGGAUAGGAAAAUGGGCGUAAAUGAGUUUGAUCCGAAUCAUUCUGAAUUUUAUGGAACUCCAGGAGGUGGAGUCGAAGGAAGAGUACCAAUUUCGCAAGUUCGAUAUCAUAAUCUUCCUGUGAUGCAUCGGCCAGUUCAAGGAAUAAAGGCAUAUAAGAAUCCAAACGGUGGGACAAAUAGGUUUAGAAGCAUAUAUGAACCGAAGCCAAUGCCACCAGAAAUGAAGCCUGGUCAAAAUCCAGAUUGGCUCUACACCAGAAAAAGAGGGUAUGCUCGUCCUUUGCUGUAUGAACCAAUGGAGAAAGCAAAGAGGACGAUUCCCUUAGCUGGAAAAUUAGCCACUACUUCCAUCUCUCGCUAUGAUAGAUACCAACUACCUGAGAACAACUUGCCUGUGAAUCCUCAAUACUCAGGUACGAUCGCUCCGAUAGGAAAUGGCUUUGCAGCGAACGUCCAUGCAAAUAUUACAAGAAGCAAGAAAUAUACUCAACUUCCUCUAAAUCAAAGAUACCUAUACAACAAUGAGACUGAUAUUGAGAAGAAGUUUUAUGAUGGUGAACUGGAAGCUCACAUUGCUUCCAAUAACGGGGUAAGAAAUGAGCAGUAUUAUAUCACUCCUUAUGCAGGGAGCCUUCCUGAAGAGAUCCAGAAGCAACUUCCUUCAUCUUCCAGGAACAUAUCAUCUCACGUCCCAUUAGAAUCACAGAUGAAGUUAGCAACACAUGGAAGAACUCGUAAUAAAGUAAAUCUAAAUGCCCAAAGGGUUGUUAAAAGUUAUCAAGAAAUCCCUCAGACUCAAAGCUUCGGAACAAAAAUAGAAACCAGGCGAGGUGAUAAGCAUCUCGAAAGCGAUUUGUUGAAAGGAUUUGAUGAUCCAGACAAGUACUCAAUUAAAUUCUAGUUU